AACUUCAAGCGAACGCGAACUGGACUGCAUUGCGAAUUUUAAGAGCCAACCUUACUUUAAAGUUAUUCUAUUGUAAUUUAAACAAAUGGUCUAGAAAACAAUUCAAUUACAGUCUGGAUAAACGGAGUUUGCUCUGUCCAGAUUGAAAUGGAAUCGCCUAUCGCGGAAAUUGCUGGAAAUUCCCUACCAAAUGCAAACGAUGCCGGUAAUACCUACAAAAUGGCGUCGUCGUCGUCGUCAAAGAAAUCAACUACCGCCGAACACGAGUUAAAAAUAAUGGAAGUGGAAGGCGCCACAGCAGAAACAGUAGUAAUUGAGUUAGAUGACGAAGAUGGAGAUGAAGUCGGAUUGGUUGGUGAAAGACAAACGGCAAAUGUUGGCAAUGCCGGCGAGGAUCCCCAGUUGGAUGACAAAACCUCAACCAAAACGGAGCCCAGCAGCGAUGGCGAAAGUGCCGCUUCAUAUAAUGGACCCGAUCCGAUGGGUUUGCUGGAACGCAUCGAUUCCAGCAAAGAGGUGGACUAUGAUGAUGAUGAGGAGGAGGAGGCCAGCGCCGACGAGGCAAGCAGCAGCGGCUCGCGUGGCAUCAGUCGCAGUGAACGCUGGCAAAUCUGGAUGAAACGCUGGCCUUGGCUGCUGCACGAGGAGAGCGACGGCGACUUUGCCUUUUGCUUGUACUGCAAUGUGAUCAUCAAUAUAAACAAAAAGAUGAAAUACAUUCAGCAACACAAUCUGUCGCUCUAUCAUCAGGAGCGUGAGGCCAACUAUUUGGUCUUUAAGAACAGCGAAGAGUAUAGGCAAAGCGGACUGAAUGAGCGGGAGAUCAAGCAUGAGUUCGGCACAGAUAACUAUGUGGCCGCUAUGAAAAUAAAGCGCGCCAACGAAGUGGAGAAGCUAAACGAUUUCAAUUGGCAGCGUUGGCUAAGCUGUCACGAUUGGCUGGAGCGCACUCAGAAGGAGGGAACAGUUGGUCUGUGCAAGUGCUGCAAUGUGCGCAUGAACGUGGAGUUUGUCUACUUGCGCAAGCGGCACGAGAGCAGCAAAGGACAUUGCGAGGCCCAGCGAUCAAUGGAGAAGCGCAAACGCAAACCCAGCGGCAGCCAAUCGGACAGCGCGGACAAUCAAACGCAGGACCUGCAAGAUAGUGGCAAAGCUACUGCUGAAGAUACGCUUGUGAUGACUGUCGUUGACUCUUGCGGAGAGUCCACGGAUCCCAGUGACUGGUGUGAGCUUUUGCCCGACACAAGUCCGCAGCAAUGCCGUUGCACGCUCUGCGAUUGCCGCAUGGCCAUAACCAGCUUCAUGCGCCACCUGAAGACCAAAGUGCAUUGCAGUAAUUUAAUCGCAUUCAAGCAGAAACAAUUAUCGAAGCUCAAUCGCGGCAUUUGGGCACAGUAUGCAGAGCAACAUCCUUGGAUAGUGGCCGAUCCCAAUGAUCCUUCAAUAGCCUUCUGUCAUAUCUGCAGCCGACGCUUCAUUUACGGGCAUUCCGAAAUCAAGCGUAAAAACCAUGAGAACUCUGAGAAACAUCAAGCUGCAAUGGCGGCAACUGUCGCGCUCAAUGGUGACGAGCAGGAGGAUGAGGAAGAGGAGGAGGAGCAGGGGCAGUCCGACGCGCAGACAGAAGGCAGUGACGAUGAUUAUAUCCAGGAAGACGACAAGCUAUCCACCUCGCAAAGAAGCUCCCCAGAAGGGGAGGAAAACACCGCGAAGAAAGCCAAGCACGUGGUGCGACAGUUUUCGUGGCUACGCUGCUCGAAGGACCGCAAAAUCCAAAUAUGUAAAUUCUGUCGCGUGCGCUUCCACAGCGAGUCGAACAAGGGGCGUCACGAACAGAGCGCACGCCACAAGAAGCUUGCGGCCCAGUUCAAAGCGCGCCAAGCAGCACGCCGUAAGGAAGCGCGAAUACAGCGCAAACUCGAGGAGGAAAACGAUGAUGGCGAUCAGAGCAAUGCCGAGUCCGUAGAUGUAACUGUUGAUGACGAUAACUCGCAUUCAGUGUCAACCCCCAAAGCAUUACCGAAGCCAGUAUUCAAGGCCGUACCGGCCACCAUGCAGGGCAAGGUAAUGGUGUGGAAGGAUCGCUUUCCCUGGCUUUCGUACAAACGCAGCGAGGCUCGCCACAAUUACGGCUGGUGCAAGCUCUGCGAAGUGUCUGUCUUCCUGCCCAGCUUUAAGUACGCCUCCAAGCACCAGCGCAGCUCUCGACACGUUCGCUUGCGUUUCGAGCGCAAACGAUCUGCUCGAAUGCCGCCUACAGCUGCUGAGGCAACGCCUUCACCAGCCUCUUCAGCGCUAACCACGGGCGAAGCUAAGCAUAAAGCGGCUAUGGCCGAGCUGCAGGCGAAAUACGAUUGGCUGGAGCCAGAUGUCAACGAUGAGAAUUAUUGCCAUUGCAAGCUCUGCGAGACUCGGCUGCCCAUUAAGAUAUUCUUUUUGCGGCAGCACGAUGGAUCACGCAAGCAUCUGGAGCAGUUGGAGCGACUUAGAAAUACUAGCGAGAUUACCACGAUAACGACUACCGAAGCUGAUCCAGCCGCGUCUAUAAUGGAUGUGGACCAGGAGAGCGAAGAGGAGUUGAGCGUUAAUCCGCUUCUCUCUAGGUCUGAAUGCAGCACUGGUGAGCAGCCGCCAGCAAAACGGAUGCGUCGCUCGAUGGAGAUUCGCCGCAUAUUGCGCGCAUUGCGCGAUUCAGCGGGCAAGCGAAGUGAUGAACGCAGCCAGUUGGAUAUGGCCAAGGACAUGAUAUGCUCCUCCUUUGACAUUGUAUCGCGUCUGCGUACUCUCGAGCGUGAAAAGGAUUCGCCAGCCAAUACAUCAUCCCACAAUUGCUCAUUGGCUAACGUGUCCGUUACACAGCCCCGGGACACCAUGGAGCUGUUCUUCGAGAGCAUCACACAGACCAUGAAAAGUCUGCCCGGGGAUCUAGCUGCUGAAGGCAAAGCCAAAAUCAUGCAAAUUGUAUGCGACCUGGAGUUGCGCGGCAUCCAACGUAACACCUCAGUGCUAGCAGCUGAUUCUGCUCAGUCGAGGGACAAGGCAGCAGAGGUCACACCUAGAGACAGUGACCCGGUACGCUUAAAUUUCGAGGAAGAUAACCAAACGCUGCAACGAGUUCCCGAAUCACCAGAAUCUGCGUCUCCAUUUAUUACUCUAGAGGAUCUGCCGGAUGAACCGCCGGCACCGUUAAGGCAGGCGUUGUCCAGCAACAAUAACACACCCGAGCCCAAUCAGAGCUCGUCUACAGUUGAACAUACGGCGCCAGCUGUCGCAAAUAUCAGUGUGUCAUCAUCAGAUCCUUGCAAUGGACGCACGCAGGAGGUGAUGUUCAAGGUGCGACGCUUUCUGAACAACUCCACUUCCAAGCCCGAGGAUUCAGUGCGCGUUGUGCCCAUCAAUAGGCUGACCACAAAGAAUGCCAAUUGCGGUGGUGCGCGCGGAAAUGGCCCAAAUACUUUAAGGAUCCAAUCGAAGCAAUCGAAUCAUGCGCCACCGAACGUCGUUGUAAUGAACACACCUCCCAGUUCCAACUCGGACGUAAGCAAUGGCAGCACUGGCGGUACGCCCGUCUAUCGGCGGGUUCAUAACAAGAACACCAUCGUUGUACCAGUUCAGAGCUCUGGGCAGGCUCAACAGAUGAGGCAGCAGAAGCCCAGCCAACAGCAGAGGACUACUGUCUACUCGAACGCCGGCACCAACACACCGCAACACAUCCAAGAUCAGGCAAAUCGCCAAUAUGUUUUAAACCGCACAGUGGUGCAAUCCAACAAACCAUCACAUCCAGCCAAUAUGUAAAACGCGUUGAUAUAUA